UUAGGUUGGCGGCAUUAUCGCAGAAGAGGCACAUGUGUGAAUAGUCCCAUCACUCCGCUUCUCACCUUCGUCUCUAAGUACUCUCAGACUCCUCUAGAUUCAAUACAUCACGCAGAGAGCAGAGGAAAGGAUAGCGAAAACGAGAUUAAAAAGAUGUUGGGAAACAGAGGUUCAAAUGACGAAGAGACACAAUCCAGGAGGCCUCUUAUACCAGAGGUCACUAAUGGUGGAGAGGAAGGACAAGAACACACAAGAACUGACACCGUCCAUGGCUGGGGUAGCAAAAUCCUGGACUUGAAGGAGGCCAAGGAUCAAAUCGUUUUUGUAUUACCUAUGAUUCUCACUAACGUGUCCUAUUUCUUAGUCACCUUGAUUGCUGUCAUGUUCGCUGGCCAGCUUGGUGUCCUUCAACUUGCUGGUGCUACUCUGGGUAACUCAUGGUCCACCGUCACCGGCGCCGCCGUUAUGAUUGGGUUAAGUGGGGCACUAGAGACUUUAUGCGGGCAAGGAUUUGGAGCAGAACAAUAUGCAAUGUUGGGAAUCUAUGUUCAAGCCUGCUGCAUCAUAUCCCUCAUCUUCUCCACCAUUAUAGCCGUCAUUUGGCUCUUCACAAAAUCUAUCUUUAUCUUGCUUCAUCAAUCAGCAGACAUUUCAAGCACAGCUGCAGUCUAUAUGAGGUUUAGUAUCCCAGGAUUAUUUGCAUAUGGCUUGAUUCAAAACUUCGUGAGAUUCCUUCAGACACAAUCUGUUGUAAUGCCAUUGGUGGUCAUCUCAUCUAUUCCGCUAUUUGUUCAUAUUGGCAUUUUAUAUGCCUUGGUCAAUUCUUUGGGUUUUAAGGGUGCUCCGAUUGCAGUUUCUAUCACUUUUUGGGUAGCAAUUCUUUUGUUGGCAUUGUAUGUGACAAAAUCAAGGAAGUUCAAGGAUACUUGGAAAGGGUUCUCUUUUCAGUCAUUUAGUUACGUCCUCACUGUAUUGAAACUAGCUCUUCCCUCUGCUGGUAUGGUCUGCUUGGAGUACUGGGUCUUCGAGAUUUUGGUUUUCUUAGCGGGAUUACUGCCAGAUCCAGAAAUAACCACUUCGUUGAUUGCAAUAUGCGUCAAUACAGAAGCCCUUGCCUACAUGAUUUCUUAUUCUAUGAGUGCAGCGGCAAGCACAAGGGUUUCCAAUGAACUUGGAGCAGACAACCCAGAUGGAGCCAAGCAUGCCAUGGGUGUGACACUGAAGCUCUCUAUCAUUCCCGCGUUGUGUUUUGUUAUAGCACUAUCAUUUGGUCAUGGCCUCUGGGUUCAACUGUUCAAUAGCAGUUCUGUGAUCAGACAAGAGUUUGCUUCCAUGACACCUCUACUUGUAACUUCUAUACUUCUUGAUACUGCGCAAUGCGUCUUAUCAGGUGUGGCCAGAGGAUGUGGUUGGCAACACCUAGCUGUAUAUGUCAACCUAGGAACUUUUUAUUUCAUUGGCUUACCAAUAUCUUGCAUCCUUGGAUUUAUGACCAGCCUAACUGUCAAGGGCUUAUGGAUUGGGGUGAUUUGUGGGCUGGUAUGCCAAGUUACAGCUUUCAUAGUCCUCAUAAAGCUUGGCAGAUGGAAAAAACUGAGUGCGUGAGUUUUGAAGAUGGUAACACAAAACACUAAGGUGAUUGCUUCCACGGCUCCAAAAGUUAGUUAACUUUUUGUUUUAAUCAGAAUUCAACUGUCAAACUGUAGUUAAGAUUAUUAUGAGAAUCAAACAGCCAAAAUUGUUUUA